UCAACUUUUGGUGAAAGUCCGACGUUACGUGUGGGCCCUGAACGCAGCAGGGCAGCGGAUGUAGCAGCAGUCUUUUCCAGCAGAACCCAGCCAUGUAGCUGAGGAGAAGGUUUCUGCUGCUGACUCUGAAACAGCAUAUCCUCUCAUCCUCCCGUGUCUCUGUGAGCUCGCCGUACAGCCAGCAUGUGUCUGUGAGGAGGAACCGGAGCCGAGCAUCGGAGCUACACGGCGGGGGAGUCGACACACAGACCGACGCCUGAUACCUGCCCUCGCUGGAGAUUUGGAAGGGGACGCUCGGGUGGGCUCCUCCACUUAUUAGCCGAAGCCUGACGUUGUAUCUCCCCGGUUGUUUUUUUAGAAUAAUGACUCCAUCUUGGAGCACGGAGCUGGGCAGGUAACGCUCGCGGACACCGGGCACGGGGGGACAGCAGCUCGUCGUCCGCAGCAGCUCCGUGUGUUACCGUGUUACCGCCCCGUUUUUUACGCUCUCGAUAGCGGCGCUAGCGGCGCAGCCACCCCGGGGGCUUGAAGACAACACUGCCGGCUGAGGAGGAGCACAGCCGCCGCCGCCAUGGGGAACACCACCUCCUGCUGCGUGUCGUCCAGCCCCAAACACCGGAGGAACAACCACUCCAGGCUGGAGUCGUACCGGCCGGAGCCCGAGCUGAGCCGAGAGGACACGGGCUGCAACCUCCAGCACAUCAGCGACCGGGAGAACAACGAUGAUCUGCCAAUGGAGUAUAAUCCCUCAGAUCAUCCCCGGGCCAGUACCAUCUUCCUCAGCAAGUCACAAACUGAUGUUGCUGUGGCCAACAAAAGAGGUAAGCAUGACUGUGUCUGGUCUCAGCAGACAGUCCGAGAAAAACGGAAGAGCCUUUACAUCAACCACUUCACACACAUUUCGGAAAGCAAGCAUAACCAAGGACCUGUGAGACGAAAGUACAGCUCGUGUUCCACCAUAUUCCUGGACGAGAGUACCGUCAGUCAACCCAACCUCAAAAACACCAUCAAAUGUGUAUCCCUUGCAAUAUACUACCACAUAAAGAACAGAGAAGCCGACGGAAGAAUGGUGUUAGACAUUUUCGACGAGAGACUGCAUCCGCUCUCGAAGUCUGAGAUUCCUGCCGAUUAUGAAAAACACGACCCGGAGCAGAAGCAGAUCUACCGCUUCGUCAGGACGCUGUUCAGCGCCGCACAGCUCACCGCUGAGUGUGCCAUCGUCACACUGGUGUACCUGGAGAGGCUCCUGACCUACGCUGAGAUCGACAUUGGUCCUGCCAACUGGAAGCGCAUCGUGCUGGGAGCCAUCCUCCUGGCGUCCAAGGUGUGGGACGAUCAGGCCGUGUGGAACGUAGACUACUGCCAAAUUCUCAAGGAUAUCACGGUGGAGGACAUGAAUGAGCUGGAGCGUCAGUUCCUGGAGCUGCUGCAGUUCAACAUCAACGUGCCGUCCAGCGUCUACGCCAAGUACUACUUCGAUCUCCGCUCGCUCGCUGAGGCCAACAACCUCAGUUGCCCCCUUGAGCCCCUCAGCAGGGAAAAGGCCCAGAAACUGGAGGCCAUCGCACGUUUAUGUGACGACAUAUACAAGAACUUAAGGAAACACACCAAGAAGCGGUCAGUGAGCGCAGACAACCUGGUGGUGGUGCGCUGGUGUCCGGCCAUCGUUUCCUAACACUGGCUGCCGGCAGCGUGCGGCGGAGGAGCACAUAGACCUGUCACACGUACUCUGAUCUCAGCCUGGUCAGCAGGCAAACCAGGUGGGCAGCAGUCCUGUGGACCAGUGUCUUGAAUACAAACACACAAGCACACACUUACACACACACACACACACAAUCUGGCACUUUUACAAGUGUGAUUGCGCCCUCCCUGGGUCGUUGUACAUAAAACAAGUCCCACUGGCUGCCUGCACUGAACCAAACGGAGCUGAGCUGAACCAAACUGAAGUGUGUGUUUGUGUGACUGAGAGCUGUUGCAAUGAAAACCUGGACUGCAGAAAAGAAGAGGCGGCCAAAUGGAAACAUAGAGUGUGUGAAGCUGGUAGAAGAAAAAAUAGGAACAAAGUGUAAAGUGGCAGCGGCAACAGCGUUUCAUAAUUCUCUUUGAGGCUCAACUGUUUUAUACGGUUGAUUGACAAGGUCCAUGAACAUUCCUUUCUUUUUAAUAUUUUGCCUCAGUCUGUUUCUUGAUGGCUUUCAGGCACAUCUAAAACUUAAAAUUCUCAUUUCCUCACU